AUGGAUUGGGCUUUGCAAGGGGCUGAUUUAGUCCCCUUCGAUGGUGGUUUAUUGAUUGGGCAUCGAAGCGCACUGGAGGUUGAGAUCCAAUCACCUCCCCUUGCCACUCUACCGCUCCAAGUUCCUGGUCUAUCUAAUCAGUCGGCGAGCAACAUGCGCGCACAUACGUGCAUAAGCCCGCUCUCUGGCGGCUCGCUCGUUCCCCUCCUCCUGUUCCUCCACCUUUUCUCUCCCUCUCCAACCCCCGAAACCCGCCAUCCCGCCCCGCCCAUGGUUCUCGUUCCUCUAUUGACGUUCCUUGCUUGCCUACUUGCGUCGGUGCUUGCGUGCGUUCUGUUCAAGGUGCCGCAUGGAGCGCCAGCGAGCUCACCGCACGCCAAACGUUCCACACUAUCUGUGGACGGGAUAAUCAAUAAUUCAGCGGCAGCGGCUGCUGCUGCGGCCGCCGCCGCUUCCGCUUCCAAUGCUUACGCCGCAGGACUGCAGGCGGCCGCGGCGGCAGCUAUCGGGUUGGGGCAGCUGGCAGACCUUUCGGCGGUCUAUCGCCAAGCAACUGCGGCGGAUCAGGCGAAAGACCUCCUUUGA